AUUUCCCAGAAGCCUUUGCUUUUAAAGAAGUGACGCCAUUAGUCUGCGACUGCAACGAUUUCAGUGCGUCGUUCGGUCGACGCACGUUAGUUUACAUUUUUAAUCUUUCUGUUGUGCUGUUGAGGAAGGAGACCCUUUGAAAUAUGUCUUUAGCAGACGAGCUGCUUGCUGACCUAGAGGAGGCAGGAGAAGAAGACGGGCUGUAUCCCGGUGAGGAAGGCGGCGAGAGUGAUGGAGAGGCCGGGGAGAGACAAACCGAUGGGGGCCUUGAAGACAUACCGGAGGAGAUGGAGGUGGAUUACAGUGGAACGGAGAGUGUCACCUCCAUAGCAAAACUUCGGCACAGCAAACCAUUUUCUGAAAUUAUGGAUAAAAUUGGUCUAUACAUUGGAAAUCAACGCAAGAAUUCAGAUGUGUCUGGACCUGUUGAAGCAGACCCAGAAUAUAAACUCAUUGUCGCCGCCAACAAUCUGACAGUGGAAAUAGACAAUGAGCUUAAUAUCAUUCAUAAAUUUGUUCGUGACAAAUACUCCAAAAGGUUCCCAGAGCUGGAGUCUCUGGUACCAAAUGCACUAGAUUAUAUCAGAACUGUAAAGGAGUUGGGCAACAACCUUGAGAAGUGCAAAAACAAUGAGACACUCCAGCAGAUUUUGACCAAUGCUACUAUUAUGGUUGUCAGUGUCACAGCCUCAACUACACAAGGGACGAUGCUCAGUGAUGAUGAGCUGCAUCGAUUGGAGGAGGCAUGUGACAUGGCCCUUGAGCUCAACCAAUCAAAACACAGGAUUUAUGAAUAUGUGGAAUCCAGAAUGUCAUUUAUUGCUCCUAAUAUUUCAAUCAUAGUCGGAGCAUCGACUGCUGCUAAGAUCAUGGGUGUUGCUGGUGGCCUGACCAAUCUGGCAAAAAUGCCUGCAUGCAAUCUUAUGCUGCUAGGAGCUCAGCGGAGAACCCUAUCUGGAUUCAGCAGCACUUCCCUGCUGCCUCACACAGGCUACAUCUAUCACUGUGAUGUCGUACAGACACUGUCUCCAGAUCUGAGGAGGAAAGCAGCUCGUCUGGUCGCAGCUAAAUGCACUCUGGCAGCUCGUGUGGAUAGUUUUCAUGAGAGUAUAGAUGGCAAGGUCGGCUAUGACCUGAAGGAGGAGAUUGAGAGAAAGUUCGAUAAAUGGCAGGAGCCCCCACCAGUCAAGCAGGUGAAGCCUCUCCCAGCACCCCUGGAUGGACUGAGGAAGAAGAGAGGAGGAAGGAGGUAUCGUAAGAUGAAAGAGAGGCUGGGUCUGACAGAAAUCAGGAAGCAUGCCAACAGAAUGACAUUUGCAGAGAUCGAGGAUGAUGCUUAUCAGGAGGAUCUGGGCUUCAGUCUUGGUCAGCUGGGAAAGUCUGGAAGUGGCAGGGUGAGACAAGCACAAGUCAACGACUCAACCAAAGCCAGGAUAUCCAAAUCUCUACAGCGGACAUUACAGAAGCAGAGCAUGACGUAUGGUGGGAAGUCCACUGUCAGAGACCGAUCGUCUGGAACCAGCUCCAGUGUGGCAUUCACUCCAUUGCAGGGGCUGGAGAUUGUGAAUCCGCAGGCUGCAGAGAAAAAGGUGGCUGAAGCCAAUCAGAAAUAUUUCUCCAACAUGGCAGAGUUCGUCAAGGUCAAGCAGGAGAAAGACGACAAGGUGUGAGGCAGUGUGUCACACGCAGGAAAGCACACACUUCAACAUCAGUGGACAGAUUCACACUUCAACUGCUAAUUUAUACUCUGUCACAUACCCACUCAGUAGGACUGUCUGUGGGGAGAUGAUGAGGACAGUGCAAGGACAGAUGAUUAGAA